UGUCUACUCUCUGCAGAAGAACCAUUUCACUUGGCCUCAGUGUGUUGUCUUGCAUUUCAAAGUCAGUCUGUUAAAAUCAUCUUCUUGAUGCAACCCCAGGUGAGUGAGAGUCUGCUGAGUCUGUACCUGAAUGAGUAUGAGGAGAUUCCCUGGGAUGCACUCAAGUACCUCAUUGCUGGGGUCAACUAUGGAGGUCACGUCACAGAUGACUGGGACAGGCGUCUUCUAACCACAUACAUCAAUGACUACUUCUGUGAUGCUGCUGUCAACCAGCCCUUCUUCAAUUCGUCCCUGGAGGAGCUGGAGAAAGUGAUCAAAGGCUUUAGUGGAGACGUCAUCCAGCUUGGAGGAGACCUUCCACUGCAUCUAUGACGCCAGUGUAUCAACACUGUGGGAGAAGGUGCCAACCGCACACACACACACACACACACUCACAGAGCAUGGAUACAUUCCUCAAACAUCAUUUUCCAAACCAAGUUCUUUCCAGGCUAGCAGUACUUUUGUGUGUUAAUUCAUUCUUUCCCAAAUCACAACAUAUAAUUCUAAACCUCUCACUUGUUAUAGUGUUGCACAUCUUUACUUGCUGCCUUCCUUUUAUCUCACUUAAUAAAGUGGGUAAACAGAAUAAAAUAAUAACGAGCCGCUGGGAUCAAUAAUAUUGAGACGUGCUGUUUGGAGGAAGAGUAGUCUUGAAUAAAACGAGACGAAAAGUAUAUGCUGAGUCUGGAAUAAUGGUAUUAAAAAGACAACGGUUUUUAAAGAGGUAGCAAAACAAACGUACAGCCUGAUCAACACUAAUCCUUUCUACUCUCUUCAGCCGGUCCAACAGCUGCAGGCCUGUCUCUGUACUGACUCACUGGUCUGUUAUUAAAGGUGUAUUUAUCCAUCACUCUGCCUGGCUGCACAGACACACACCUAUUGUUCUCCUCUGUCCAACCACUGAUGCACGCACACAC